AUGGCUGAAACCCCUGAACAACUACUUGAGAGACUGAGAUCUCUAGAACAACUUUCGCAACGUAUGGGUUUAGUGUUGCAAAACCAAUUAGGGAAUAAUGGUGAAAAGGACCCACAAGCUGCUAUGGCAAAGAAGUUAGCAACCCUUAAACCUCCGAUCUUUGUAGGAAAGGAAUGGCUAAGGGACUUUGAUAAUUUAUUCACUGCUACUGGGACACCUGAAGCUCAAAAAGUAGACCAAGCUACCUUUUAUUUGAGGGAGGAUGCAGACACUUGGUGGGAGAGUCAAGGACCUAUUGUUAGAGCUCAGGAAAACUUUAAUUGGAAUGCUUUUAAGGAGUAUGCCCAAAAGUUCAAUGAGUUAGCUAGAUUUUGUCCUAAUGUUGUGCCAGAUGAGAGACCAAGGCUCAAAAGUUUGAGGAUGAACAACAACAACCGUCCCUAUAACAAUAACAACUCCCAGGGUCAGACUUCGAAUGCUCAAGGAGGGAACACUACUCAGCAUAAUGGUCAGAAUAACAAUCGAGCAAAUGGAGGAAACAACAAUCAGAACAUCAAUGGAAAUGGCGCUCGAGGCAACAAUGGAAGAAUCUAUGUUAUGAACCAGAAUGAAGCAGACACCAAGCCAAUGUUGUGA